AUGGAAAAACUGAAGCAGCAGUUCUCAAAGGAUCGUUUGAUCACACCAUCGUCGAACUUGGUAAGAAACUACAUAGACUCAAUCCCAGUUGAUCUUCUUAUUGAUAUAUUAUCGAGAUUUCCCCCAAAAUCUAUAGCUAGGUUUUAUUGCGUAUCGAAAUUAUGGGAAUCCAUACUUCGUGGUCCUGAUUUCACGGAGCUGUACCUGACUAAAUCUGUAGCUCUUCGAAGGCUCUUUUUCGCCCUCAAAGUUAAUACAGAGUUAUUGGUUUUCUCUUCACCUCAACCUCAAAUUCCAGAUGAGAACUCUUCUCUUGUAGUUGAAGCCACUCCUUAUAAGUGUUUUCCCAAAAAAAUUCCAACUGAAAUCUGCACCGCGCUCGGUGGCUUGGUUUUCCUUGGGACAUUUCUAAGCAGACAACCCCUGGUGAUUGUUAACCCUCUCACUGGAGAGUUCAUAACCUUACCCAAACUGAAAACGAUAGGAACUAAGAGAUUCAGUUUUGGCUAUGAUCCUAUCAGCAAAAAGUUCAAAGUGUUGUGUGUGACAUGGUCACCUUGUGGAACACUACCCAAUAUCCAUCAGGUUUUGACAUUGGAGACUGGAGAACGUUUAUGGCGGACGAUCCACGACCCAGUAAUUCCACGUUAUUCUAUUAAUUAUGAUGCAAUAUGCAUAAAUGGUGUUUUGUAUUCUGAAGCUUAUUAUCAAGGAUCUUCUAAGAUAGUUUGUUUUGACUUUAAGAUUGAGAAAGUCAGCUUUGUUAACAUUGAUGGCAUGUGCAAUUUGCGUUUGUUCAACUGCAAAGGUAAAUUAGGUGUACAUCAGUAUGACGUUCAGUCUAGAAACGAAAAACUUGUGUUCCAUGUUCUAGAAGAUGCUGAAAAACAUAAAUGGUCCAAAAGUAUAUGCAUAUUGCCAUCCGUAGUCUCCGGGAAAAGGAUUGUUGAAAUUACUUGUACGGGAGAGAUUGUGUUUUCGCCAUCCGGGGGCUCUCUACACCCUUUCUACAUUUUCUUCUACAAUAUCGAGAGAAAGACUUAUACAAGAGUCCAAAUCAAGGGAUUUAAAAAGUAUGCUGAUUGCGUUCACACUUUUCUAGACUUUGUAGAGGAUACGAAGUUGAUUUAA